UUACUGACACCGCUACAACGUGUUUUUAUCGCUGGCUGUCCAGACGGAAGGUGCUGAAACGCUUUGUCGCGUGUCUGGAAGAAGUGAAAACUUUCCUGGGCAGCAAAGGGCUCACCUUUCCUGAGCUGGAACAGCCAGAGUGGCUGGAAAAGCUACACUUCAUGGUAGACAUGACAGCGCACCUGAACACGCUGAACACAGCUCUUCAGGGGAAAGGACGUACAGCCCUGCACAUGUUGGAGGAUGUUUUGGCAUUCGAGCGCAAGUUGACAGUGCUUGCCAGAGAUUUACAGAAAGGCACUUUGUCUCACUUCCCCAAUUUGAGAGAGUUCAAACAAGGUCACGACAUGAUAAUUUCGGAGUAUUUACAUUCUGCAAUCAUCGCAAUGCAAACAUCGUUUGGGAAACGCUUCUGUGAGUUCAGAGAGGAAAAAAACACAUUAUCCUUCCCGGUCACUCCCUUAAGCAUCGAUCCUUCCCUACUGAAUACGACUGCAUUGGCAGGUGUGAGUCAACCUGAUCUUGAGAUGGAACUGGCCGACAUAGCCGACAAAGACAUAUGGGUGUCCAAGUUUAGACGCUUGACAGCAGACCUUGAAGAUGUUGCCCGUCAGAAGGCCGUUCUUGCUCAGAAACACAAAUGGAGUGAUAUUGAAAACCUCACAGAUGACAGCUUGCGAUCCUGUGUAAAGAUGAAGGUGACAUCAUACAGCCCUGAUGUGCAGACGCUGUGCGCUGAGGUCCAGGAGCAGAAAUCCCAUUAACCAAGAUGACAGCUGGCUGACGUUAUUUUUGGUUUGCU